AAUUUUCGACAAAUUCUUACAUCGUCUCUAGCAUAAGCCCUAAGGUGGACCCGCGUCAACCCGACGAUCCCAUUGUUCGUCGAACUGGCGGAACGGAGACGCAACAAAGACGGAAGAAAUUGAAGAAGCAGGUCCGAAAUCUACCACCGCCGAUUGUGUGUCGUAAUGGAAGUUGAACUGGACGAGAAGGAAUUGAAAGCCGCCGGAGCUGAGCUCCUGAUCGACGGACGGCGAGGUAUCCGUAUCCAUGGUUGGGAGAUCGAGACUCACAACCGCUCCAUUCUUACCUCCUCCAAUUUUGAGCAAUGGGAGCAGAAACUUCAGACGUCUCACUUGCCAGAGAUGGUGUUCGGUGACAGUUCGUUAGUUCUCAAGCAUAUGGAAACUGGAAUUAAAAUUUAUUUCAAUGCCUUUGAUGCUCUAGCUGGGUGGAAAAAGGAAGCUCUGCCUCCUGUUGAAGUUCCUGCAGCUGCACAAUGGAAAUUCAGAAGCAAACCUUUCCAACAGGUGAUAUUGGAUUAUGAUUAUACAUUUACAACGCCAUAUUCUGGGAGUGAAAUAAUUGAAAUAAAUGCAGAGAAGCAUGGAGGAGAAGAGAAAACAUCUGCAGAGAAUAAUGGUCUCUGUUGGGAGGACAGCAAUGAGAAAAUUGAUUUAGUCUCACUCUCGCUGAAGGAGCCUAUUCUCUUUUAUGAUGAGGUAAUCUUAUAUGAGGAUGAGUUGGCUGACAAUGGUAUAUCACUUUUAACAGUUAAAGUGAGAGUCAUGCCAAGUUGCUGGUUUCUUCUUCUACGUUUCUGGCUUAGAGUUGAUGGAGUGCUUAUGAGACUAAGGGACACUCGCCUGCAUUGCGUAUUUAGCAACAGUGAAAAUCCGAUAAUUCUUCGAGAAAGUUGCUGGAGAGAGGCUAAGUUUCAAGCUCUAGCUGAAAAAGGAUACCCGACUGAUUCUGCUGCCUACAACGAUCCGAGCAUCAUCUGCGACAGACUCCCGAUCAUUAUGCAGAAGACCCAAAAGCUUAGAGUUUCUGGUAAACUAUAAUCAUGUAAAUUGGCUUGCCAUCAUUCUAGUCGAAUUAGCAUUGCCUCAUGCAUGUUGUUGUUGAAGUCUUCUACUUUCAAGUAUGUAUUCCAUGGCUUAUGUUGGAUACGUUAAACUUGUUUGCAUUUUGUGGAAAGGAAACUGGAAAAGUUCAAAAACAUAAACAAGGUAAA